ACCGCUUACCUGAGGUGGAGGGAGGCUGCCCGCGCACUCCCGCAGCGGCGGCGGCGGCGCGACGCUCGGCCGUUCUGCGCAGGCCCGAAGGAAGACCCAGCGCUUCAGAGAUCGGAUUGAGGAUGGAAAUCUCCGACGAGCUGCGGUCGUUCGAGGCCACCGGCGUCUACCGCCUCAACGUCACCGGCACCAGCACCGGAGCCGCCUUCCUCGAUCCGGUCCGCAUCCUCAACGGGUCCUACCAGCGCUUCCGCAUCGUUCCUCCUGCCUACUACUCCAGAAGCUUCGAGCCGCCGCGUCAGGUAGGCGACCCAGAGACCGAGCCGCUCGAGAAACGGAGGAAGCGCAAGCGCAACCAGAAGCCGAAACCCAGGGAGCUCAAUGCCAUGGAGCGGAUCGCUGAAGCGCGGCACCAGGAAGCAAGGCCUUUACUCUUGAGUGCACAUGAAUCACUCAUUAAGGAUAAAUAUCUACUAGAGCACCUUUCCAAGAAGAUGGAGGGCAAGGAGCACAAACUUGAUGUAGGAAGUGGUUCUGAGAAUAAUUUCGUCGAGCUUGGAAGCUCAUGGCGAUCACCUUUCUAUGAGAUCAUUAUUUGCUUUCGGAAACCCCAUGUUCUGGGCAAUGGGGAAGGUUCCUUUGAUGCCCAAAAGACAUCCUUUCCACUAUUUAAUAGCAUAAUCAGUGUUGAAGCGAUUGACGAGGUGGAGGGAGACUUCCAGAACAGGCACUACAUUUUACCACGAGGAAGUUGCUUCUUGAUGAGCGACUUCAAACGUGUUCGAGAUCUCAUUCCUGGUAGUUCAAAUCAACGGUAUAAUCUUAUAGUUGUUGACCCACCUUGGGAGAAUGGAUGUGUUCGUCAGAAAGAAGCGUAUCCUACACUUCCCAACAGACAUUUAUUGUAUCUUCCGGUGCAAGAACUUGCCCAUCCAGCCGGAGCCCUUCUCAUUUUAUGGAUUACAAAUCGGGAGAAAUUGCGGAUGUUUGUUGAGAAAGAGUUGCUUCCUUCUUGGGGGGUGAAAGAUCCCACUGUAUUUUAUUGGCUGAAGGUGAAACAUGAUGGUUCUCUAAUUGGCGAUCUAGACUUGUUCCAUCACAGGCCUUAUGAAUGCCUCCUCCUUGGCUACAUAAAUGUCGACACAGAUGCUAAGCAAGGAUCAAACUUCAAGUUGUUAGAAGGAAGCCAAGUAAUUAUGAGUGUUCCGGGUGCUCACUCAAGGAAACCUCCCCUUGAGAAAUUACUUUCAGAAUAUAUUCCAGGUCCUAAACCUCCAAGAUGCAUUGAGCUUUUUGCCAGAGAGUUGUUUCCUGGAUGGACCUCUUGGGGAAAUGAGCCGCUGCAUUUUCAGGAUUCCAUGUACUUCUCAGAGAACGUUAAUAAACCGCUCGUCCCUGCCGAACUGAAUAUUGAGCGACAACUGCAAAGCUCGACAAAAGCUUCGACUCUGCAACUGCAAAUGCCGGGCGUCAGGUCGGCGUCCCCCUCGCCGGAGCUCCGCCGCGUCCGGACGGCCCUACCCGCCGCUUCCUCCAGGGUAGCCAGUGCAAGGGCCAAGCUAGCUGAGAGAGCCAAGUCGCCGGCCAAUUCGAAGGCGAGGGGGCCGGAUGAUCAUGAGAAGCGGGGCAGGAGUGGUAGAGGAGAGAAUGGCAGGAUUAUCCCGUCAGCGAGGCGUAGGAGCUUGCCGCCGCCACCAGCCAGCCCGGACGGCGGGAGGAUGAGGUGUUCCUGGAUCACCGCAAACUCGGACCCCCUCUAUGUUGCAUUCCACGACGAAGAAUGGGGGGUUCCAGUUCAUGACGAUCGUACGCUCUUCGAGCUGCUCACGCUAUCACAAGCACUAGCUGAACUCACCUGGCCUGCUAUUUUGAGUAAGAGGGAGGAAUUCAGGGAGCUGUUUGAUGGCUUCAACUUUGCUUCCGUAUCUGAAUUUACGGAGAAGAAGAUAAACAUGUUGAGAGCAAAUGUAAGUAGAGUGCUAUCAGAGCAAAAGAUACGAGCUGUUGUAACGAAUGCCAAGCAAAUGCAGAAGGUAGUUCAGGAAUUCGGAUCAUUCAGCAACUACUGCUGGAGCUUUGUGAACCACAAGCCCAUCAUGAACUGCUUCCGCUAUGCUCGCCAAGUACCUACAAAGACGCCGAAAGCUGAAGCGAUAAGCAAGGACUUGAUGCGCCGGGGGUUCCAGUGUGUUGGCCCUACAACGAUCUACUCCUUCAUGCAGGUCGCCGGAAUCGUUAACGACCAUUUAUCGUGUUGCUUCAGAUUCAAGGCUUGCCGACACAAGGUCAGUGAAAAUAAUGUCAGAGCAGAACCAGCAUUGCCUGAAAGUUUGAGUUCACCAUCAUCAGAAGAUUCAGAUAUCAGGGUGGUGUAGUUAAUCACUGAAGUUAGCCUGAAUUAUUUUAUCUGUGAUUGUCACGACGUACAGUUUGACAGUGCAUUGGGAUGCUACCGAGCAGCAAGUAGUAGUGUAUAUAGUGUGUGUAUAAGAUUGGGUGGCUUUAUGGUGUGGUGUGCUUUCUCACAUGUAUCAUAUUGGUAUUGCAGAAUGCACUUUGAUUGGCCUUGAUGUAAAGCGGCUCCUGUUGUGUUCUUUUCUGUA